GAAUAAAUACAACACAUUACCUGCUUGCUAGUGUUGUUGCAUUUGUCAAAAGUUACAUGUUUGCAAAACUUUUUUGCAAGUACAAAACUGAUUAGACAGGCGCAACUCAUAUUUUACAUGCUUGUACACUUAUUACAUUAAUUUACCUGUAUACUCGAGGCUGUGUGUGGUAAAAUAAAUCAGCUACAAAUAUUACGAACACUUUAGUAAAAUAAAGUAGCUCCUAAUAGACUCCUUACAGCUGCGCAGAGGCGCUGUUUGUUCAGCUGUGGCGCAAAUUUAUUUUGGUCAAGGAUCUCGCUUAGUGCGCAGGAGUGAAAUAGUUAACAUUUGCACAGAAAAGGAGGCAGGGUACAAGAUGAAAUUCUGAACCAUCAAGCUAGUUGGUUACACGUCCUGCAUACUCGGAUUUAUAAUUACCCAAACUAUCACAGCGAGAACUGUUCUUUUGAAGUGACAUCCACCAACACGACGUAAAACUCGCGGAAUACGGCAGAAGACAUGGAUUUAUCGGCUAGAGUUGCUGGCUGGAUAAGAAGUAAACGGGAAAAAAUAUGAACUGUCGAGAAGGUAUUAAACAGCAGGAUAUAUGUAAAGGAGUAGAUGAGGUUAGUUUAAGUCGCGUCUUGUUCGCGGUUUUCAAUGUUUUUCUUGUCGGUUUGUAAAAAUAACUUUGUGUGCGCGAGGGCACCUAGUUAAUGUAAUGCGAUGAGAAGUGUGUGUUGGUCAACUGCGUCAUGACGGCAGCAGACAGGUGUAUGUGUGAGGGCAGAGUUUAAGAGACAAAGACUCAAAAACAGAAUACUCUGUCCCCCAGCUACACACAAUCUGAAACACACCCCACAGGUCACGAAUAUCCCAAUCAUGUCGACCCCAGAGGUUACCGGACACGCGCUGAAGGGUUCCACCGAAAGCGUCACCCGAUACUAUCGCAGGAGAGGAUGCAGGGUAACGAAAACGGCUUUAGUUUAUAUCCGAAGGACUUCUCGGCUGAGGUUGUGCCCGGUGAGGUCUGGUGUGCCUCUAGGCUGGAGAGGUAUAUGUAAUGGAAGACCGGGCAACAGCACACCUGGAGAGGACCUGAGGGAAACCACCCGAUCCUGGCCAGGGGCUGUUCAGGUUUAAAUAAUUGUAUGAAAAUCCGCGGACGAUCCCCAACCUGCUGUGUGUAUGUUGAAUCGCGCUUGCUCCGGUCCUGGGAGUCCUGAUCACUGAGCAACAUUUUCACCUCUCUCUGGGACUGUUCACUUUGGCUGGAUUUACUGAUGUGCGUUGGUGAUUAUCAGAGACGUCGAUCUGAUUGCUGCUGUUUCCUACGUCAGAUACAAGACUGUCUCCCCUCCUCGCAGCUCAAACCCACCACCCUCAGUAAGGUGAACACAGCGAUCCAGCUCUUCCUGGUAGCAGCAUCGUUGGCCUCAUCUGUCUUUCACUUCAGACAGUCCACUCCUGCAGACCCUACGGUAACGACGACUGUGUCAGGCUACAGCUACUGUCACUACGGCAUGAAGACUCUUGCGAUGCUCAACAGCACUAAGUAAUCAUGGCAACUCAACAGCGCAAACUGAACACCAAGUAACUGUUGCAACGUAACACGCUUGCUGCACCCACCGGUCUGCCAGAGGACUCAAGUUGAACACACCCAUACUUGUGUAAAAACUCCAAAAUGAACUCUUGUGAGCGUGUAUUUAUUAACCCUGUAUUGCCAUGGGAACCAUCCUGGCAGAUUGACAGUUUUGUAUCUGAAUGUGAUUAAAUCAUGAACCUGCUCUGAUAGCCUCUC